AUGGCUGCACCUCAAGAAAUAAUCCCUCCAGUUAUUAUUAACUCUGGUGAUGCUACUGCUACCAAUAGCAGUGCUUCUACUACUUUACCUAUUAUUCAUGUGGACCAACUAAUCCAGCAAGCAAUGAUGGCAUCUGUCGAUGCCACUAUUGUGGCUACUGUUUCCACAGCUCCAUCUGCUAAGACUGCCUGGGAACUUCUUCACACGGCUUAUGAAAAUAAGAGCCACACUCGCAUUUUUAGCUUGCGUGACCAAUUGCAGAAUAUCAAGAAAGCCUCUAAAUCUAUUGCAGAAUACUUACAAGAGGUUCGAUCUCUUUUUGAUGCUCUCAAAGUUACUGGAUCACCAGUAACAUAUGAUGAACUUAUUGUCAAGAUUCUAAGCGAACUGGGCCUGGAGUAUCGUGAAAUCUCUGCUGCUAUAAAAGCAAGAGACUCUUCAUUGAGUUUUGAAGAAUUAUUUCACAAGCUCACCGAUCAUGAGUUUUUCCUCAAGCACCAAGAUCUCGAGAAGUCAUCCUCUACUAUCAUAGCUGUUAUAGCAUAA